AUGGAAGGUCAGAUCAAUUCUGCUGUGAGAUAUCUCAGUGAGGCUUAUUGUGAUGGAGUGCUGCCUUUGACUGACGACGUGACGAGACAGCUUCAGGAGAAACACCCUGAGGCACAAGAGGCCAAACUUGGUUCGUUACUCUUCGGGACAUUUGAGGAAGUGCACAAUUCGUUAUAUCAGCAGAUUGAUUGCGAAAUGAUACGCGAGACAGCAUUGCGAACCAAGGGCUCCGGCGGCCCUUCAGGAGUGGAUGCAAAUGGAUUCGAGCGUAUUUUCGCAUGUAAAUCGUUUAAGAAAUCAGGCGUAAACUUGUGUGAGGCAGUAGCAACAAUGACCCGGCGGCUAUGUACGGAAUACAUUGACCCGAGAACUAUCGAGCCUAUAUUAGCCAACAGGCUUAUACCUCUUGACAAAGGCGAGGGCGCUGUUCGUCCAAUUGGCGUCGGGGAAGUUAUCAGGAGGAUUGUCGGGAAAUGUGUUAUGAAAGUGAUUAAGCCCGACGUGAUAGAUGCCAGUGGAUCGCUACAGGUGUGCGCAGGUCUUAAGAGCGGAAGUGAGGCAGUCGUUCAUGCGAUGCACUCCAUAUUUGAAGCAGAUGCUAUUGGCGAUGAGCUAAAGAGUGAAAUUAAUCGACUUAACCUCGAAAAUACUUCGCUUCUUGAGAGAAACCUCAAUCUGUUAUGCACUGUCUCAGAUUUGAAUACCAAAAUUAAGGAUUUAGAGAAUGACAAAAUGAGUCUAAUGACAGCCAUUAAGUUACUCCAGGUUGAUGUUAAUGUUCUGGGGGAAACCACAGGAUCUUGGACUGAAAUCAGAAGUAAUAAGAAGGCUGAAUCCAAACAUCCAACGGACAGUUCGCAUGCAAGUAGAUCUUCGGUAAUCACUGUUGACGAUUCGUUCGAUGAUAAACCUAAAGGCCCCUCGGUGAGAGUUAAUAAAAACAGGUUUCCCUACUUAGCGUGGAAGGAACAGACACCAGUGCCAAUGAG